AUAAAUUGGUCUAUCUCUCCAACCAAAAAACAAAAAAAAGUUGUCCCCCAACACUAUAAAUCCUAGUUCUGCCCCUGGCUAUCUAGAUGGCAGUUUCGCCUAAUACUUGGAGUUUAGAUUGUUCCCAUCUGAACCAUAUAAGCUCUUAUUUAUCAAAGAAUAGAACUUAAGUUCUCUAGAGUAACUUCUUCCUCUUCCCUCAGAGAGGUUUCAUUCUAUCUGGAGCAGAGGACUUAUCAUCAUUGCCAUGGAGCUUUCAUUAGUAUUGCACGCUCUCUUUGUGUUUCAGCUGUGCUUUUCAAUUCUGAUGGCAUCACAUGAUCCCAUAUCUCUAAAAGGAAGCAUGGACUCAUCUCCAUUCCCAAGCAGCUUCCUCUUCGGAACAGCUUCUUCUUCUUAUCAGUUUGAAGGAGCUUUCUCGAGCGAUGGUAAAGGCCCCAGCAACUGGGAUGUUUUCACUCAUGAGCCUGAUAAGAUCACAGAUGGAAGUAAUGGAGAUGUUGCUGAUGAUCAUUACCAUCGAUAUCUGGAAGAUCGAGAUCUCAUGGACUCUAUAGGAGUCAACAGCUACCGUUUCUCUAUAUCAUGGUCAAGAAUUUUACCCAAGGGAAGGUUUGGAAACGUGAAUAGAGCUGGCAUUGAUCAUUAUAACAACUUCAUAAACGCUCUUCUGCUUAAAGGGAUCCAACCCUUUGUGACAUUGACUCACUAUGACAUUCCUCAGAAACUUGAAGACAAAUAUGGAUCUUGGCUGAGUUCCAAAGUGCAGGAGGAUUUCAGAUAUUAUGCAGAUACAUGUUUUAGAUUCUUUGGAGACCGGGUUAAGUAUUGGGUCACUUUGAAUGAACCGAAUGUAGUAGCCAUUCGAGGGUACAGGUCAGGGAUUUACCCACCAUCUCACUGCUCCAGGCCAUUUGGGAAUUGUAGUAGAGGGGAUUCAGAGAAAGAGCCUUUCAUUGUGGCCCAUAACAUGAUACUAUCUCAUGCUGCUGCUGUCAGUAUUUACCGAACCAAGUACCAGAAAAAACAAGGAGGUAGCAUUGGAAUUGUUAUGAAUGCUUUAUGGUACGAACCUAUUAGCAAUUCCUUAGAAGACAAGUUAGCAGUUGAGAGAGGUCAGUCUUUCUACAUGAACUGGUUCUUAGACCCAAUUAUACUCGGGAAAUAUCCAAUAGAAAUGCUUGAAAUUCUUCAAUCUGAUUUGCCUGUAUUUUCAAAGCAAGAUUUGGAGAUGUUGAAGAAUGGGUUAGACUUUAUUGGCAUCAACCACUACACCAGUUUCUACAUAAAAGACUGCAUGUUUUCUGUGUGUGAACCAGGGCCAGGAGCAUCUAGAACAGAAGGUUUUGCUUUACGAACUGCUCAAAAGAAUGGCAUCUUCAUUGGAGAGCCAACGACGGUUGACUGGCUAUUUGUCUAUCCUCGAGGAAUGGAAAAUAUAGUGACAUACAUAAAAGAGAGAUAUAAUAACAUUCCAAUGUUUAUAUCAGAAAAUGGGUUUGGUGAGCAGGAGAAUCCCAAUUCUACCAUGGAAACUCUCCUUCAUGAUAUCAAGAGAGUGGAGUACAUGAACAGCUACUUAGAUACUCUAGCAACAGCAAUGAGGAAAGGAGCAGAUGUUAGAGGGUACUUUGUGUGGUCCUUGCUUGACAACUUUGAAUGGACAAGUGGAUAUACCACUCAGUUUGGCCUUCAUCUUGUUGAUUACCCAACUCUAAAGAGAACUCCAAGACUCUCAGCGACUUGGUACAAAGAGUUUAUUGCUAAACAUAAUGUACAAAAUUUGAGUGCUCCAAAUUGUAAUCAAGAAAGUAAAUAGGUGGGACACCUUUAUAGCAAUUUAUAAGCAGAAUUAAUAAACGCU